AUGCUGAUCAACAACCUCUCCGAGGCUUCACUCUACGGCCUGGUGGCUGUGCUCAUCUUCCUCACAGCAAGGACGGUGUACCGCCUCACCAUCCAUCCGCUCGCAAAGUACCCUGGGCCAUUCCUUUCCAAGAUCACAUCACUGCCAGUGUAUUUGCAAGCCAUCACCGGGGACCGCCACCUUAUUCAGCUGCAAGAACACCGCAAGUAUGGCUCAAUCGUCCGGAUCGCACCAAACCAGCUCUCCUUCUCGGAUCCGGCGGCGCUUCGCACGAUCUACCAAUCUGGACGGGGCAACAACCCGCUGAGAAAGUCGCCAUGGUAUGAGACCAUUGAUGCUCCUUCGGGAGCGUACUCAUUGCACACGGAGAUCAGUCGUACCAAGCACGCCACAAAGAGGAAGGUGAUUGAGGGAGCAUUUGCGGACUCUGCUCUGCGGGAGUUGGAGCCGUUUGUGGUCGCCAAUGUCACGACAUUGGUUUCAUUAUUGGCUAAUGACCAAGCUACUUCCGAUGCGGGCGAUAUGAAAGGUAGGACCGCAGCCUGGUCGAAGUCGAAGAACAUGUCUGAUCUUGCGACGUGGUUUGCGUACGACGUGAUGGGCGACCUCGUCUUUGGCCAAAGAUUCGACUGCAUGACAAGUGCCGAGCACAGAUUUGUGCCACGUCUUCUUAUGUCCAGUUCAGCUUUCGUCUAUCCUAUCGCGCAUUUGCCGUUUCAAUUUCUCAUCAGGCCAAUAAUAUCCUCGCCCACCCUCAUGAGCCUUUUCGGGGGACAGCUCGCAAAGGACGAACACGCGUACGUGGAAUAUGCAAACAAUCAGGUAACGGAUCGGAUCUCGCGGCAGUCUGCCCACGAUGGAAAUCAAACCAAAAUUCAGCGCAAGGACGUAAUGCACUACAUACUCGAAGCCCCCACAGCUUUCACCCGCACCGAACUUGACGCCGAGUCCAGCCUUCUCAUCGCUGCGGGUGCGGAUACGACAUCGACAACACUGGCUGCAGCGCUCUUCUACCUCACUCUUCAGUCCUCAGCCGCAUAUCUGCGAAUGCUGACAGAAGAACUGCGCUCUAAAUUCUCCACGAUCGACUCCAUGACCGGUAUCCAGCUCAGUCCAACAGCGAUUCCGCUCCUACGUGCAGUCAUAGAGGAAACACUUCGCCUCUCGCCCAGUGUACCAACGCACCUUGGACGCUUGGUUGUCCAGCGUCCUGGACUAGCUAUACCAGCAUCUGAUGGCACCGAAGAGUUCGUCCCGACAGGCACGAUUGUUGGAGCUGCUGCAUACGUUGUUCAUCGCGAUCCUUCCGCCUUCCCGUAUGCAGACGAAUUUCGGCCUGAGCGAUGGCUUCCUGCAGACUCCAGCGCGGAGAAGUCGUUACUGCUACAGAAUCCAGAACAAGUCGCUCUUGCCAAGACAGCGUUCUGUGCGUUCAGCUUGGGAAGUCGCGGCUGUGUAGGGAAGUCUCUGGCGUAUCUGGAGCUGUCGCUUGCGUUGGCGCGGAUAAUCUGGUCUUAUAAUAUCAGGCGCGCUCAGGCUGUUGAGAUCGGCAACGACGUAUCCAAGAUAGGUGAAGAAAGAAGAGCUAGAGGCUGGCAGGUCAGCGACGACGAGUAUCAACUGGUCGACCGAUUCUUGGCCGAAAGAGAUGGCCCGUGGCUACAAUUCCAGGCCAGAACGGACUGA